ACUCAGUUGGGAUCCAAAUCGAGCAGAAGCUGAAGUUCAACAUCGUCACUUUUUCAACAAUGAUCGCCUUUUCAUUCAUCAGAGAAUCCAGUGACCCAAGUGGACUCACAGUCUCACAAUUUGCACUGUUUUGCAGGGCUCCUUUCAAGCAUGACAUUCGGGAGAAGAUGCUUAUGAGGCAGUUUGUGCUCAUGAAACAGAGGAAUGAAGUUCCCAGGCAUAUCUCGGUGCAUCACAUGAAGCAAUGGCGCCUGGCUAAGACGAACUUCCACAAAAAGUUCCAGAUGAUGGGAAUGAGGACCAUCCAUGUUGAAUUGGAAUGGAUCAGAGCAGGCUUCCUCUCUCUGAACCAACUGGAGGAAAAAGUGCGCGAGGAACUUCAUGAAGAGAUACGGCUUUCACAGCUGCUCGGGAGGAGGGUCACACUGGACGGUCUCCAAAUGUUCCUGGCAGUGGUGUGUCCCAAAACGGAGCAAGAAGUGGAGAGCUUCCUCCGGUAUCUGCUUCACGAGCUGCAGAAGAUUUUGAGCAGCUCCAACAUCAGCUGGAUCCAGGAAGUGACGCUGCUCACAGAGCUCCGACGCCGAAGCAUCCACCUGGUGAGAGAGGUGGUGGAUCAUGUCGUCAGGGUUUUCCUGACACCCGCUGUUGGGGACUCCAGUGCGGAGUCUUUGAGGAGAAGGGCUGAGACGGCCAGCUUGGGCGUUGGCAGAAUGCUGGAAGACGCUCUGACUUCUUGCUCCUGCCUCAGCCAGCAUGUUGAUGAAGACCGUCUGCUCUACAUCUGCUCCUCGGUGGCCUGGCGAGUGGUGGAAAGCCUUUUUAGAAGUUUUGUCCGCCACUCUGAAAGCUUUCCCCUGCUGGACUUUGACCGAAGCACGUUCACUUCACGAGAGUGCAUCCUAAGGGCUGUGGAGGACAUGGACUACAUCGCAACCUUCAUGAACUUCUAGAAGAUGAUGCAGUUUGUGCCCAUGAAGCAGGAGCACCACUCAUCUCCUCCCUCCAUUCUUACAUCACAGAAUAUGACAUCAUCAAAAUAAUUUUAAUUCUGUUGACUGUUUUAUACAUUCAUUCCCAAAAAGUC